ACGAUGAAAAUAUCUGCCAAUCUAUUAACGCGUUUAAUGAUUUGAGGUAGUAAAUAACAAGUGUCGCAAUACGGUCUUGUUAUUGUUUUCAUUACUAUUGGGGGCACAAUGCUAAUAUCAAACGUCAGUGUCAACAAAUUUCUGUUAACUUCAGCUAAUAUCUAACGUCAAGCACCUAAAGCGGCCCCACACUACGGAAAAAAAAAGGCAACCAUGAGAAAUAGUUUGGAAAGUGUCCUGCAACCUCUAGAUGAAAAGAGUCCACGUCCUGAUGAUAAACAAGAGAGAGAAACAUGGGGAAACAAAAUUGAAUUUAUUUUGACUUGUGUUGGAUAUUGCGUUGGUUUGGGUAAUGUUUGGAGAUUUCCGUAUCUUGUGUUUAAUAAUGGCGGAGGAGCAUUUCUUAUACCAUAUUUUAUAAUGCUGUUUGUAUGCGGAAUGCCUUUGUUUCUAAUGGAACUUGCUAUGGGGCAAUACUUUAGUAAUGGUCCAGUUAGUACUUGGAAUAUUAUAUGCCCGGUUGCCAAAGGUGUAGGUUUUGCAAUGAUUGCAGUGGCUUUUCUUUGUACAGUGUACUAUAAUGUAGUAAUUGCAUGGGUGAUAUACUAUAUAUACGCUUCAAUUGGUAGGGUUGUUCCAUGGAAAUACUGUUCUAAUAAGUGGAAUACAGAAAAUUGUUACGAUGGAACAAAUAAAAGCAAACUUGAUUUCAAACAGAAUUGUUCGACUUUUGAACUAAACAUCACAAACUCACUUAUAAAUACAAAACCUUUGUUAAACGCUGCAACGACGCUGGCGGCAAGUAAAAGUCUGCAAAUGAAUGAGACGAAUUUAAACUCUACCGUAUGUAGUAAUAUAAGUUUUUAUUACUCAUCACCAAGUCAAGAAUUUUGGGAAAGAAAGGUUUUAAACAUCAGCGGAAGCCUUAGUGAUAGCGGAACUAUUCGUUAUGAUUUGCUUGUGUGUUUAAUCAUAGCGUGGACUCUUGUUUUUUUUUGUCUUAUAAAAGGGAUAAAAUCCACAGGAAAAGUUGUUUAUAUUACUGCUACGUUACCGUAUGUGUUACUCUCCGUCCUUAUGAUUAGAGGUGCAUUUUUAGAAGGUGCGGGAACGGGUAUUGCGUAUUACCUAAAACCAAAUUUUUCGAUACUCGGAAAAAUUAAUGCUUGGGUGGAAGCAGCUACGCAAAUUUUUUAUUCCCUUGGCAUUGGCUUUGGUUCUUUGAUUGCAUUUGGAAGUUACAACAAGUUUAACAAUAAUGUUGUCAGAGAUGCAGUAACUCUUUGUCUUGUUGAUGCUUUUACAUGUAUCUUUUCCGGUAUGGUAGUUUUUGCAGUUCUUGGUCAUAUGUCAUAUAAAUCAAAUAUACAUAUUUCUAAAGUAGCUACUUCAGGCCCUGGUUUGAUUUUCGUCGUUUAUCCAGAAGGAAUUUCGCAAAUGCCGAUAUCUCAAUUUUGGGGAUUUUUGUUUUUCUUUACGAUUCUUUCAAUAGGGGUGGACACACAAUUCGCUAUGUUAGAAGCUGUUGUUUCAGGGUUGAUCGAUGAGUAUAAAUUUUUAAAAAAAAGAAAAGCAUUGGUCACAUUAGUAUUAUGUAUUGGAGCUUGUUUAUUUGGUGUUUCAAUGGUUAUGCAGAAUGGAAUGUAUGUUUUUAACAUAUUCAACUUGCAGUCUGGCGGAAUAUCGCUUCUCUUUCUGGCACUUGUUGAAGUAUUAGCGCUAGGCUAUGGUUACGGAGCAGAUAAAUUUGAAAAAAAUAUAGAAGAAAUGAUUGGUUAUAAGCCUUACCCUUGGUGGAAAUGGUGCUGGAAGUUUAUUUCACCAAUAGUUAUAUUUUGUAUACUUCUGUCUAGUAUUUUACAAUGGACUGGAAUAACAUAUGGCGAUUACAAGUAUCCCCUCUAUGGCGAAAUAAUUGGAUGGUUUUUAGCAUUAGCUAGCAUGAUUUGGAUACCAACUGUAGCUAUCUAUAAAUUAUAUAUGUGUGAAGGAACAUUACUUCAAAGAUUUAAGAAAGUUUGUAAACCGAAAGUUGAUCAUAAAUUUGUUUUAGAUUUAAAACUGUUUGAAAGCAAUAACAACUUUGAUGAAUGAAAAAAUAUAUAUAAAAUAUUCAGUUAUUCAACAUAAUGAAAAUAUUAGCGUGUAUUAAAAUAAUCAUAUAUAUAUAUAUAUGUGUGUGUGUGUGUAAACUUGUACAUAUCUUAAGACAUAUAAACUGAGAAAACUGUAUGUAUAUAUUACUACUCAGAAUUGAGUUACCGACAAUAUUGGAUAAUUUCCAAUGGAAGGCUUGUUUUAUAGCAGACAUUGGUAUUUUUUAAAAAAGAAAAAAGUUCAAAAAUCUUUGCCAA